AUGGCCGGUCGCGGAAUCGCGCUGACGAAGCCGGCAUGGAUGAAGGAGCAGGAGGAGAAGGCUAAAGCAGAAGCGGCCCGAGCAGCAGCCGUCGCCGCCUCCAAGGCCGGCACAGCAGGCGGAGGCGACGACACCGACAGCAGCGACGAAGAGGAGGAGGACGAAGCGACUCGACUCGCGAAGAAGCCCAUCGGACCGGUCUGCCCGGCCAAGUGCUCCGCCGCGGGAUCCGGCGUCGGGGGCGGAUCGGCGGGUGCGCCCGUGUCCUUCGUUAUAGUCCUGAAAGACGAGGACGGGCGGCGGAUCUUAGCGGGCGGCGCGAAGGUAACGGUGAAGGUGACACCUAAGGCGGGCGUGCCUGGGCAGGAGCAGAUCGCAGCGAUCAAGGACCACGGCGACGGGUCGUACACGGCGACUUACACCGUACAGCACCGAGGAGAUUACACGGUCAACGCGGAGGUCAACGGCAGUCCCAUCAUGGGCAGCCCGUUCCCGGCGCAAGCGGCGGCGGCAGCGGCGGCGAUUCAACAGCAGAAGCUGCUGCAGCAGAAGAGCGAAUACAUCGAGGACUUCUAUUCGGCGAUGGACGAUGACGAGUUGGAGCGAACGAUGCACGUCACCAACGUCAGCGCGAUCCUCACGCCCGAGCAGCUUCGCCAGCUCUUCGCCUUCUGUGGCACGGUUACCCGCUGCGAAUUUCUCAACGACAAGAAAACCGUCGCACACGUGCGAUUCGCGAAAGCUGACGAGGCGAAAGCGGCGCUCGCGCUGAACAACAUGGCGGUCGGCGACAAGCAACUCAAAGUCGAACUCGCGAAAACCGCGAAAGCCACGCGACAGGCCGUCCUCUCCGCGCUCGCUCCGCCCGCCCCCGCCCCCGCGCCCACCCCCGCUCCCGCCGCCCCCGCGCCCGUUGCGCCUGCGACGACCGCUGCGACGUCGCAGAUGGCGAUGCAGCAGGCCGUCGCAAUGCCGUUCAUGCAGUUUCAGCAGGCGCUUGCUAUGCAGCAGGCGCUGGCGCAGCAGGUGCGCAGCUCCGAGGCUAAGACCAAGGCGGAACUCGCCGCCAAGCGCGCCAAGGAGAUCAGCCGCGCGAUUGCGGCGGGCGGCGCAGGGAAGGACGACGGGAAGGACAAGGAUGGGAAGGAGGGAAACGGGAAGGGGAAGGACGGGAGCGGGUCUGACAGGUCCCGCUCGUCGUCGCGCUCGCGCUCGCGCUCGCGGUCGCGCUCCCCAUCCCGGCGCGACCGCCACCGCGGGCGGUCCCGGUCCCGCUCCCCGCGCUACCGCGGACGGUCGCGAUCGCGCGAUCGAGAUCGACGGCCUCGAAGCAGGAGUCGCGAUCGUGGGUACGGAUGGCGGGAGCGCGGGCAUAAUCACUCUUAUAAGUACAGCCGCACUAGGGACUGGGAGGCUGAGGAGAAGGAGAGGGAGAGGGAGAGAGAGCGGGAGAGGGAGAGGAAGAUUGAGAGGGAUAGGCAGAGGGAGAAGGAGAGGGAGUUACAGCGGGCGCGAGAGAGGGAACGCGAGAGGGAAAGAGAGAGGGAGAGGGCGAGAGAGAGGGAGAAAGAGAAGGAGAGAGAGAGGGAGAGGGCGCGGGAGCGUGAGAAGGAGAGGGAGAGGGAAAGGGCGAGGGAGCGUGGGCGGGACAAGGGUAGAGAGAAGGAGAGGGACAGAGAGGAUGACGACGAGAGAUACGAGGGGAGGCGCGGCAGAGGGAGGAUUGAGGAAGAGGAUAGGUACAAGGGGAGGUAUGAAUCUGAUGAGGAGGAUGAGGAGGAGGAGAGGGUUGAGAGGAAGAAAGGCCACGGGCGGGACGAGCCGGAUUCGGAAGAGGAGAGUGAGGAGCGAGAGGAGGCCAGGCGGAAGGAAGCUGCGAGGAAGGCGAGGGGUAGGGGCGCGAGUGACGAGAGUGAGGAGGACGAGGAGGAGGAUGAGGAGGAGAGGGGGAAGGGGAAGGGUGGGCGGAAGGAGGCGGAGCGGAGGGAGAAGGAGCUGAGAGAGAAGCUGCUUCGUGACAAGCUGGAGAGGCAGAGGCGCGAGGCGGAGCGGCGGAGAGGCGCGAAGGAGGAGGAUGAUGAAGAUGAGGAGGAGGAAGAGAGGAAGGAAAAGAAGGGCGAGCGGGUUGCGAGGAAGGGAGGGCGGGACGAGGAGGACGAGAGUGAUCGCUCGGAUGGGGAAAAGCGAGCUAAGGAGGAGGAGGAUGAGGAGGAUAGUGACCGCUCUGAAGGAGAGGGAGGGAGGUUGAAGACGAAGAAAGUGGAAGAGGAUGAAGAGGAGGAGGAGGAGAGGCGCAGUGGUAGCGAGGAGAAGCGUGAGAAGGACGAGAAGGAGGAGGAAAGCGAGGAGGCGGCGAAAGAUGCUAGGUUGCGGCGUGCAGGGAGUGAGGGUGAGGGAGAGAGCGAGAGUGAAAUAGAGAGGGCCAAGAAGAUGGAGGUUGAUGCAGAGAAGGAGAAGGAUGAGAGUGAAGAGGAGAAGGAAAUUGAGAGGAAGAAGGGAGGGGAUGAGAGUGAGGAAGAGAAGGAAAAAGAGGAGAAGGAGACGGAUGAUAUUGAAGAAGAGAGGGAAAUGGAGAGGAAGGGAAGGGUUGAAAGUGAUGAGGAGGAGAAAGAGGUUCAGAGGGAGAAGGCGAAGGAGAGAGGGGGGGAUGAGAGUGACGAGGAGAAGCUGAUUGAGAAUGGGAGCAGAGGAGGAUCGGAGGACGAGGCAGCCGUGAAGGAGGGAGGAGACGGGGAGGAGGAGGAGGAGGAGGAGGAGGAGGAGGAUGAGAAGGAGAGGAAGAGCAGGAAGAAAGAGAGUGAACGGCACAAGGAGAAGAAGAGGAAGCACCGCCGGAGGAAGAACCGUGAUGAUGACGAGGAGAGUGAGGAGGACGAGGAGGAGCGGCGUCACAGGCGCAGCAGGAGGAGCAAGAAGAGCCACAAGCGCCGGCGCAGCCGCCAUGACGACGACGAGGAUGAGGAAGGCGAGGGGAGGAAGGAUAGGUCGUCUGAUGAGGAAGAGAGGGAUGAUAGAGACAGGAAGGAGAAAGGUCGUGGGGGAAGGCGGAAGGAGAGAGGGUCUGAUGAUGAUGAUGAGGAGGAGGAGAAGGGUGGAAGGCGGAGCAGCAGGAAGAGGUCGGGGCGAGAUGAGUCUGAUGAGGAGAAGGGGCGGUCUUCUAGGGAUAAGAAGCACCACAGCCGCAGCCAUCGCUCCAGGCGUCGCUCGCCUUCCCUCUCUCCUGCCCGUGGCAAGGACAGUCGCCGCCCGGCCUCCGAUGACGACUCUCCUUCUCGCAGCGACUGA